CACGGCAGCGAGGACGGCGAGAGAUGGAGAGAGGAGGCAGGGCUUCGUGGAUGAAAUAUGGGCCUGUUGUGUCCCUGCUCGUGGUUCUUUUGGCCGUGUGGUUCCGGUCACCCCAGGAUGCAGUGCUGGACGACCGGCUGGACACCGUCUUGUCCUCUCUGCUCCGGGCGGAGAGCAAAGUCGGCAUCAAUGGCGUCGCCAGACCCAAAGUAGCCAUCGGUUUUGGAGGAUGUGUUGACCUGAUAGUGGACGGGGUAUCGUUGCUUAAUAAGAUUGGCCUCCCACCCACAGACCAGCCCCUACAUCAUGACUACAUAGAAAAUGAAGUGCAGCUGGCCCAGAGCUUUGCCUAUUUCUUUGCACCGGGAGCUGCUGCAGAGCGUUUCAUGUUGAAUGAUACUCUAUUCAGUGAGCUGGUGGAAGCAUCCCGUGACUUACCUGGAAACAGAUGGGCAAUAGGCGGCAACGCCCCUGCAAUGGCUGGUCGCAUGGCAACUGAAGGGUGUGAUAUAUUGCUCGGGGGAAGUUUUAGCACUGAUUAUACAGAUGUUCUGUCUGAGCACAUUACAGUGGCAGGUAACAUAGUUGAAGAGCCAGACAUUCAUCUGAUCCUGGAGUAUCCAGCUGGGGCUAGCUGGGGUCAGUAUACUGCUCGUAGAGCCAACAGGUAUAUCAUCCACAGUGAUGACCAUAACCCCUACCUGGACUCCAUGGAGCACUUUGCUGAGAAACUUGAAGACUUUAAACCAGAUCUGCUGGUGGUGGGUGGACUGCAAAUGAUGGAUAACUUCCCCUUCCAGUCAGGGGAGCGAGAUGCUCUCCUCUCCCGCCUGGCCGACCUGCUGUCCUUGUCGUCUCCACAAAUUGGAGUCCAUUUUGAGAUGGCCAGCUUUGUAGAAGAGAGUAUAAUGGAGGACCUACUUCACUACGUCAUUCCACAUGCGGACUCUUUAGGGAUGAAUGAACAGGAGCUUCCCAACCUGCUUAGUCUGCUCAAAGGCUCCAACAUUAAAGUGCUGUCGGACCCAAACCCUCGUGUAGCCACUGUCCUCGACCAGAUGAGGGAGGUCUAUCGCAUUUUAAACCAGCGCUACAGGGACACCACUGCAGAAGAUGACACAUACAGUGCUAAAGCUAAGCCGCUGACUCGACUCCACGUCCACACUCUGGCCUUUCAGGCCAUGAUUGUGACCCGUGGCUCCCAGUGGAAGAACACCAUGUCAGCCACCGCCAAGGCCUCUCUCACAGCUAACCGCCACGUCUGUGGCUCCAAUGACAUUGACCUCAGCAAGGCACGGCUCAUCAUGGACGACUCCUUCUCUGUUAGCCGGCGGGAAGGCAGCCAGCGUAUCCCUCUGCAGGAGACCCGGCCUGUCAGCUGCUGGGAUGAGGACGACUACGAGAUUUGCGUAGCACCAGUGCUGGUAUGCACUGAGGUUUACCAAACUGCAGGUGGAGGGGAUAAUAUCUCAGCUGCUGGCUUGGUGCUGCAGAUCUAAAGAGGGACACUUAAUGGUUUAUCUGUGUCUAGUGCUCACUACAUGUUCCUAAACAAUGUGACUCUGGAAACACGAUCUAGGUGUGAUGCAAUGUGCCUCGCUACCGAUUGUAUCAGGCUAAUGUUGUCGCCCUGGCACUUCAUGGACCAGGUGGACCAUAAGGAAAACUGAUCAUCAAUGGUAGGAGUCAGGUGAUGGGGGGCAGCAGAUUUUAAAUAUAUGGGCUCAGACUUGAUUUUUGAGGUAGAUGCAGUAAAACACAGGUAAAGUCUAUUGUAACCAGACUUCCUGCAGUUAAUUCUCAGUUAGGUGUGUUACAUUGGGUUGGAGGGCUGAAUCACUGAUUUCAUGCCUCUUGCUUUAAUGCUGGUACAUAUAAUAAUAUGUAUCUGUGCAAUCUCGACCUGAUUGCAAAGCUCUUUUGCAUCAAUUUUUUUUAAAUUUCUAGAACCAGACCAUUGAAAGAGACACUGCCCUGAUCUGUACUACUGUGAUUCAACACAGUCGACAUCUUUACCAAAUCAUUGUCACCCAUCAUCUGACUCCUGUUCUCCUCUACUUCUCCAAGGCCUUACAAGACUUGGCCUUCAGUCAGGAUUAGAUAAAGAGGGAUGAGGUCUGGAUAAGGUCCAUUUGUACCAAAUUCUUUUAGGUUAGAAGCCGACAGAGCCGCACAACUUCAGCUGUAUGAUUAAUUCUCUUUGUGUCUUUGUGACUCCACUAUGCAGCAGCCUUAUCCAGAGGUUUUUUUUUUUAUUUUUUUGGAAGCAUGUUUAUCAGGUGCCACCUACUUAAAUCUUAAUUUUGAGUAACUAUACAGGGCUAAGACCACCCCUGCCUUGCAGCAAAUGCAUAUUCAACCUAAGGCUGAAAGGUAGUUAACAUAUCCGUUUUAAAAACAUCUGAAGCCUUUUUUAAUGCGACUGCUCUAUCCUGCCUCUUCCCUCUCCUAUCUCAUUCUCAGAGGCAAAGACGGAUUUUAAGUAGAUAGCUAGUGAGAUUAUUGCCUCCAUUCUUCCUAAUGUGAAAAAUGUGCAUACUGGUUCAGGUGUGUUUGUUUUAAAUUUGUCAUUCCUCUGUGGGUCUGUUGCAGUGCAAUAAUGCAAAAACAAUGUUAAUGAGAUCUCUGUUGGUAGCUGGAUAUGAUGUCAAAAACUUCCUCUCUACCUCCAUGCACUGUUUGUUUCUCCUCUUUUCCUCCUUUACUCGUCUCUGUUCCUUUGUCAAGCUUUAUUAUUAUCUGUUGUAUCUAUUCUUGUGUUUUUAUGGCUCUUUAAGGACCAAAUAACCAGUGUGGACUGCCCAUUGCUGCAAAGAAGUUACUGGCAGUCAGUUGUAAUGUUCUCAUGUGAUAUGGCUGCAAACAGUGGAACACAGUCUCAUCACUAGUUUUAAGGGGAAGCUGUGGUGUUACUCACUAUGAAUCCCCUUCAUCUGUGGGACACAAAGUACAUAUCAUAGUUGAGUCUUGUUAGUGAAAAUGGGGCCCUGCCUCUAAUUGGCCAUUACUCCCAUUUUUCUCUUUUCAGGGUUUAAAUCACUUUUGUUUGAAGCUUUAUGGAAAAUGUUUUUCUCACUAUGUAUGAAGCAAACAUUCCACCCAAGAGCCAGCUUCAGUUAUUUUUUCAAUAGAACAUACACAUGUUUGACAAGUGCAUUUUUUUUCUUGAUUAGACAUUUCAAUUUCUUAAAACAUGUUCUCCAAAUCCCCUUUCCUCACAGGGACACAGGUAUUCAUGUUCAUGAAUCAACGUAACAAGUGUGAACUAAGGAAAUCCCUUUAAGUCUUUCCUCUGUGUAUCGAGACUGUACUGAUAUAAUAAUGUUUGAUUAUGCUGGAGGUAAAUGAGCCUUAUUCUGUUUUGUCUUUUAGUGUUUAGUGAAAAGGGAGUGUUUAAUACAAACUUUUUUCUAUUACUGUAGACUUAUGUUUUAUUCUCUGAUGUCUUUGUCUUACACAGUGUUUGGAAGACAAGAGCAACGGGUCAUGUUUAUACUGUGAAGUGAACUUCAGCAUGCAUUAAUGGUCGGAUAGAGAACUGCUUGUGUUUGCUGCCAUAUCAUGUACUUAUCUAAGAUUUAGAUAAAUCAUGUCAUCCACGUUCCAAAGCUGUGUUUACCUGUUCCAUGCAUGUUUACUAUUCAAUGCAGAAUCACCUAAGAUAAAAUACUAUGCUGAUAAAGCAA